AUGAUUAUGGAAAAAGUACCAGUGAUUUUAAAUGUUACAAAUCUAUUGACACCGUGUGCAACAUCUAAGAUACAGUGCACUACCCACAAGAAUGCUAAAUUACCUCAAUCCUGCCAGCUUGCCACCCCACGAACUAAAAUUAAAAGGAGCAUUGCUACCGUAUCGUUGUCAUCGGUCAAGUCAUCAGCCUUAUUCUUGACACCAUUAAUUAAGCAGAACAAGACAAAUGAAGCAAGGAACUUAUCACUUGUCGAUCCAAGACUCUUUCUCAACGUGACUAGUUAUUCUGGCUUCCUCACUGUAGACGAGAGAUAUAAUUCUAAUCUAUUCUUUUGGUACUUUCCGAAGCCUAACCAGAAAGAGCCAAAGAAUGUGGGAAAUUCAACGACGCCGUGGAUUAUUUGGCUGCAGGGCGGACCGGGUGCUACCAGUCUAGUAGGACUUUUCUCAGAAAUGGGACCCUUUGAAUACAUUGAUAAUCAAUUAAAAUUGAGAGAAUUCUCAUGGUCUAAACAUUUUUCGAUGGUUUUCAUCGAUAACCCUGUGGGCGCCGGUUUCAGUUUUACGAAUAGUAGAGAUGGCUAUUCUAGAAAUAUGGAUAUGUACUCGGAGAACUUGUACCGAGCUGUGAAGCAGCUGGUGGCGCUGUGGCCCGAGCUGGGCGCCGCGCCGCUGUUCGUGGCGGGCGAAUCGUACGCCGGCCGGUACGUGCCCGCACUCGCACGCGACAUACUGCACGGGGCAGCCGCCGGCGACUCCAUCAACUUACAGGGUAUUAUAAUGGGCAACCCUAUACUAGACCGUGACAGUGUAGUGGACUACACUCGAGUAUUCUAUAACUGGGGUUUGGUCGAUUCUCAAGGAGCGCUCGCCGUGAAAUCCUUGCAAGAAAAAUUUGACCAAGCAAUUAAAAAUGGAGACUCUUUAGAUGCAUAUAGUCUUCGAGAUGAUGUCCUGAAUAAGUUACAAGAAAUAGCCUAUAAGUCUGAAACCUACAACUUGUUGAAGGACAACGCGAUACCAAAUGUUAAAAAUUUCAUACCUUUCGUAACUUCAACGAAAAUCAGAGAAGCUAUUCACGUCGGCGACGCUGUGUUCGACUAUAGCAAUGCAGAUGUCCACAUUUAUCUUAAAACUGAUUUUAUUGCUCCUGUGUCGACUAAAAUUGAUGAAUUGUUAGAAAAAUACAGAGUAUUGAUUUAUUGCGGUCAAUUAGACCUAACAACCCCUUGUGUGCUGAAUGCAGAGGCUCGUCGCAGGAAGUGGCGAUGGAGUAGAAGAGACGAGUUCCUUAAAGCUCCGAGGACUCCGUGGUGGCUUAAUAACUCUGUUGUGGGAUACGUCAAAUCAGGUGGAGGUUUCACAGAAAUACAAGUCAAUGGUGCCGGUCAUCUUGUACCCAUAGACAAACCUGUAGAAGCAGUAAAUAUCAUCUACAAUUUCAUCACCGAACGCGAAUUUACUAGGCCAUCAGCAUUCGAAAUAAAGGCAGACGAUACUCCCAAUUAUGAAGAAUAUACUGAUUUGAGUCAUUAUGUUAAGAAUUCAGACUAUAAAUCUGGUUUCAUUGCUAGUGUGGUGGUAAAUGUUUUAUUGAUGGUAGCUCUUGCAGCUGGAGUUGUGAUGUUUGUGAGAUGGAGGAGACAAAACGAUGUCUUCUAUUCGCCUUUAAAUGAUGGCAUAUUGACGAUGUCGUGA